AUGGACAGAAGAAACCACACCAACUUGUAUGAAUUUCUUCUCCUGGGCUUCUCUGAGCGCCCAGAGCAGCGCCCCCUCCUGCUUGGGCUCUUCCUGGCCAUGUAUGUUGUCACUGUGGUGGGAAACCUGCUCAUCAUCCUGGCCAUCAGCUCAGACCUGCAUCUCCACACACCCAUGUAUCUCUUCUUGGCUAACUUGUCCUUUUCUGACAUAGGUUUCAUCUCUGCAGUAGUUCCCAAUAUGCUGGAUAAUAUUAGCUCAGGAAUUAAGCUGAUUUCUUAUCUUGGAUGUCUGACACAACUCUAUUUCUUUGGCCUAUUUGCAAAUCUAGACAACUUUCUCCUGGCUGUAAUGGCACUUGACCGCUAUGUGGCCAUCAGCCAUCCUCUCCACUACACCACAAUCAUGAACUCCCAGCGCUGUGUCCUGUUGGUGGCUGGGUCAUGGGUGAUCACUGCCUUCCAUGCUCUAGUGCAUACCCUUUUAGUGACCAGACUUUCCUUCUGUGGUCCCAAUAUCAUCCCUCACUUCUACUGUGAUCUGGUCCCACUCCUGAAGCUGGCUUGCUCCAGUACUUACAUUAAUUACCUGGUACUCACCUUUGUGGCAGGAUCAUUGCUGAUCGGACCCUUUGUCUGCAUCCUCACAUCUUACUUCUACAUUGCCCUGGCUAUCCUGAGAAUUGACUCUGUCGUAGGUAAGCGAAAGGCCUUCUCCAACUGCACGUCCCACCUCUCUGUGGUCUCUCUGUUCUACAGCACAGCUAUUGGAGUCUACUUAUGCCCCCCAUCAACCUACUCAGGUGGGAAGGACAGAGUCUUCUCAGUCAUGUACACAGUGGUGACCCCCAUGCUGAACCCAUUCAUCUACAGCCUGAGAAACAGGGACAUGAAGGGGGCACUGGAGAAACUGCUCAGAAGAAUAUCAAAGCUUUUUCUCAGGACCUGCAAGACUCUGGACUGAGAGCUGGCACUUGGUCUCCUGAGAGCCCAAACCACUGUAGCUCCCUUGAAAACAAGACUUUUUGAUGUCAUGUUUCUGUUUUCUAAAUUUUGUUUUUAAAGAACAUAUUAAUACAUUGGUUUCUCAGAAUCAUAACCAAUGCAUGACCAUUACGAUAUCACACUUUGAAAUGCAGGUUGACUUUCAAGGAUAAAGCGGAAAUUGAUAAUAUAAUUUCUAACUUCUAGUCAUCUUU